ACCCCUCCUCCCCUCCAUCCCUCCAUCCCUCUGCAGGGUCUCUGUGUUUCGCCAACAUGGGUGUGGCCAUCUUGGAGCCCACGCUGCCCAUCUGGAUGAUGCAGACCAUGUGUUCCCCAAAGUGGCAGCUCGGAAUUGCUUUCCUCCCAGCCAGCAUCUCCUACCUGAUCGGAACCAACCUGUUCGGACUUCUGGCCAACAAGAUGGGACGGUGGCUCUGCUCCAUGGUGGGAAUGUUCAUCGUCGGAGUCAGCCUGCUGUGUGUUCCCUUCGCCACCAGUAUCUACGGUCUGAUUGGUCCAAACGGCGGCCUGGGCUUCGCUAUCGGAAUGGUGGACUCCUCCAUGAUGGCCAUCAUGGCGUACCUGGUGGACAUCCGCCACGCCUCGGUGUACGGCAGCGUGUACGCCAUCGCGGAUGUGGCGCUCUGCAUGGGCUUCGCCAUCGGCCCGUCCACUGGGGGCGCUCUGGUCCAGGCGGUGGGCUUCCCCUGUCUCAUGGUGUUCAUCGGGGUGAUCAACAUCCUGUACGCGCCGCUCUGCUUCCUGCUGCGAAACCCGGCUGUUCGGGAGGAGAAGAUGGCGAUCAUCGACCAGGAGUGUGUGAUGCACAGGAAAAGCUACAACACGACCAGAGACAGCCGCGAGUUUCCUCUGAGCGACUACAGCGAAGAAGAAGAGGAAGAGGAGACGGAGGAGUGAGAUGCUCGCGUCCUGCCAUGGCGUCUCCCGAAGACACGUCUUCCCACUUCCUGUUCAGAGACAGGGGGGCUCAGCUCCAGCUGGAGGACAUCCUCCAGGGUGUGAAUACUUUAAAGACGCCUCAGCAGCUUCAGCUGCCGCUGCUUCUGGUUCCUCAUGUUGUUCUGUGUUUGUGCAAAAAUAACAGGACGAUUCAACAGGC